UUUAUCAGGGUAUAUAUCGACAAUAUUAUUAUCUUUAGCAAAGUAGAAGAGGAAUACCUAGAAUACCUAUAUACCAUUUACGAAAUCCUUAAUAAGGCCUAUAUCCAUAUUAGUAUCACUAAAUCCUUCAUAGGAUACCUAGCUAUGAGACUCCUUAGGUAUAUUAUAAAUAGUAAAGGCAUUACUAAAACUAACGACCGUAUCGCUACCUUUAAGAAGCUAAAGUUCCUAGAUACUCUCGAUAGCUUAGAGCACUACCUUAGGAUGGCUAGAUAG